UGGAUUAUUACUCACUCUCACGAGGUUUGAAAAUCGAAUUAUCUCGAGCUCGUAAAUAUUACGAAGCUCUAUACGAUUGCUUUCCUGAACAUAAAAGACACUUAAAAUUCAAUCGUUCGAUUGAUUUCAUUGAUUUCACUCGGAUAACAUUUGGAAAGUCGUCGAAUUAUUUUUUCACCGAAGAUAUCUAACAGGGCAAUCUGGAUUUGGUAAAGAAGAAAUCAUAUAAUAUUUGGAGGAAUGUAAUAAUGGAUAUUCUUUACUCUGUGAAGGAAGAAAGAGGAAUGAUCUUUUGAAGGGCAGAAAAAUGAAGCAUAUGGUGCCUCGAGUUUCGCUCGAAACUUGUUUUCAUCGUACGAUCGGAGAGAGGAGAAAGGAAGAUGACCGGACCCAUUUUCGCAGCCCGAGGCUACAUCACAAAAGGAGGCUGGAUAAUCAAAAAGUAUCAAUACGAAAGAAAAAGAGUCUUCUUAAGAAACGACCUAGCGAGAUAUAGAAAGAGUCAUAAAACAUAAAUCCAAUCGUUUUUGUAAAAGGAUAUUGACUUUUUACGAUAUAAAAAUAUAGUUCUACGAUUCUUUCUCCUAUCCACGAAGCAUCCAGCUCUGUAUGCUUUCGUUUUGCACUUCUUAACCGGAAGUCUCGAGGCCGGUGUAACCGAACAUUUUCAACGAUCGUGGCUUGAUGUAAUUCGCAAUUUUAUAUUGUUAUUACCCAUUUUGAUAUUUGUAUCUAUUAAAAGAACGACGAAAGCAGAUGUGGGAGAUAGUCCGAUAAGAUAUAGUCAAUUACUGUCUUGACUAUGCGUUGUAUAAUAAUAUAAAAGAAAAUUCAUGAAAUUCGAUAAGAAUAUACGUAAGAUAGAAAGUACAUCGAGUUCGAAGAAAAUUUUAAUGGAUUCGUUAUGCUUAAUCUAGAAGAUAUUGAAAAGAACACCAUUAAGGAGUCGAUCAUUGCGACAAAUCGAUCUCGUAAUCUAUUUUAUGCAUCUCAUUGUAAUGAAUCAUUUUUAUGGUUCAUCGAACAACGUCGAUCAGCUCGUGCAGCUCGCGUUCUAAUAAUGUUGCAAAUUUAUGAAAGAUUUUUUUAUGUGUCAAACUAUAUCAAACUUAUCUACAUAUUAAUUUUAUUUACUAACAUGCAUUUUAUCUUGUUCAUGAGUCAGUGUACAAGCCAACUGAUCUACAAUGAUGUGGCAAUCAAAUAUCCAUGACCCAUAAGUAUGCACGCAACUCCAGCUUUAUACGCGUCGCUAGAUUCGUAGGUACUACAUGCAUAUCUUGAACGGUAUUCAUGAAGCACCAGCAUCCUUCGUAAGUAAGAAGAAAAUACGUAACGAAGAAGUGGGUUCCUUGGUCGACGUUCACCAUUCUACCUGCCCGUCUCCCACCUGACCGACCUGAAGAACUCUUUCCUCCUCGGAGAAGUAAAACUCUCGGACGUUUUCCGAUCUCCAACAGUUCUGAGCUCGUCCUCGUCGAUGUGCCAAAUUAUUAACCGAGCUUCACCUUCCAGCUCUAAGAAAGAGCCUCAAAAGAUAAGCGUGUGUCGCGAACGAACAAAUCAGUUUUUUGUUUUUUUUUCUUAUGAAAUAGGAAGAAGAAGAAGGAUAUCGUUUGUCGAAGAAGAAUAUGCAUGUUUGAUUUUUUUUUUAUGUUAACACUGUAAUAAUAUUAUAAUAUUCUUAUUUUUUUUUUGUCUAUUUCUUUUUCUAAGUUUAAAAGAAAGUGUUCUUCUCGUUUGAACAAAAAUCGUUUCUCAUCGAUUCGCAGAAGUUUAGAGAUAAUAGAUGAACGAACGAGAAAUUAAGUGAAGCUACUUAACGUUUUUGACCUUAAGGUUUCACGAAAGAAAAUCGAAGAGUGUCUUUGUUAGACAAAAGUGUGAUUUUCAAAAGAUCGAUAAGAACAAUUAUUCGUGAUGAAGAGAAAGAACUUAUUGUGCUUUUUGUGGACGCUAUUCGUCCUUCGAUCGAACGACUUCGUUGUUGCUGAAGCUGACCCCGCGAUUUUACCGGGUGCUGAAUUUGGUCAUCUUCAACAGAAUCCAUCUCCUCUCGAUUCUCGUCCUCGACUCUCAGCCUCCCAGCAAGUACAGAUUCUCAGUGAUGUUCAGCAACAUCAACAACGAUUUCAUCGACCGGGUCAAGAGAGUUCACAGUCCAGUACUCCUUAUGCGUCCUUGGCGAAAUAUAAGAUCGAUAGAACCAAGCAACAGCAAAUUCAACAGCUCCUUCAACAGCAACAGCAAGUACAGCAAUUGAUUCAGCAACAACAACAAAAAAUCGCUCAACAAUUGAACUCGAAUGGUUUUAAUGGUCCUCAAGGACAAUAUUAUCAGCAAGCUAACAAACAACAGCAAUUUCAACAACAGUACAAUAAUCAAUAUCAAAACUUACCGAACAAUAUACAAAAUCUUCAACAGGAUCUAUCGCAGCCUCUCUUCAGUGAACAGCAUACAAUUCAGUUACAAACUUACUUGGAAAAACAACGAGAGUUGGAAGAAUUACAGAAACAAAGACAACAAUUGAUCUUAGAGCAACAGGAAUUGAAAAGGAGGCAGGAAUUAUUGAAAUUGCAACAACUCCGGCAACUUACUUCAACGACUUCAUCUCCAUCACCUCCACCGCCAUCAUCCUCGUCUCAACCUUCGACAACAGCGAUUCCAUUCGUUAGUACAACUAACGCACCGAUUGUUUUAACGUCUCAGGCGGCUAGAAAGAUCACAACGUCGGAAACAGAACUCUUUCUAAAAGCUAUAGCUAGUCAUCAAAAAAAAUAUUCUACGACCACUAGCAUACCAGCAACCGUAAGACCACUCGUUACCAUCAAACAACAGCAUCAUGAGAACAUUCAAGAAGAAACAUCCACUAUUCCGGAAAAUCUAUCUUCUCUUAUCGAAGAGCAUAGAAGGCAAGCGAUACAACAAGGUAAACCAAGGCCUGAAAUAAAAAUUAUUUAUCAAACUGAGGCACCAGCGAAACAAACUACUGUGAAAAGCAAACUCGCUGAAUCUUCGGAUGCUUUGGAAAGAGAAUUAUUAUUGAAACAAUUGAAAUCAGCAUUGUCCGAAACAGCUGAAAAUGACGAUAUUAGAAACGUAACUACUAGAGAUUUGGUUCUUCCAAAUGGGAAAAAGCUUCAAGUUAUACACGCUCCCAAUGGUUUAUCCUCCAUUGUACCUACUGAUAGUUCAACAUCUCUUCGUACGUCCACUCAAAUUUUAUCUUCCACUACGACUACCAUAAAACCACCUAAAGUGAUAUUCGAAGAAUUAACAAAAGGUGUGCUUCCGCCCGGUGCUGAUUUUAAAAUAAUUCGACAAAAGAGUGAUGGAAAAUUAGAAGAAAUAGGUAAAGCACCUAUUCAAAACUUACCUGCUAAAAAGGUAACGUUUGUGGUGCUGGAAGAACAACCUGAUGGUAGUUAUAAGGUUCAGGGUGUCAAGGGUAAUACAGAUAAGGAAGGAACCGACGUAGAAUCUAUCGUGGAAAAGAUUAAGAAGGGUGAAUUGAAACUACCGCCGAGUUCUUCGAAUCCUACAAAGGCUACGUUUGAAGAGGAAGCCAAUGAAGAAAUCACUGAUUUUUCAUCGGCUAAAAUAUCAUCACCAUCGUCGCGAACUGUCAGUAUUGUACCUACGACAUCCAAAUCCACUACAGCCAGAUAUACAACUCCAUCUUCUAGACUCACUGGGAGUAAAGCAACAUCAGAAUACUACCCUUACGUCACGGUAUCUUCAAACUCGGCCUCAACCGGAGACAAUUAUGUUACAUCUGCUUCUAGUUUAAGCAGUCACGUCUACAACACUGUUGGUUCAACAGACAUAAAUUUGAAAUCGAAAAGUCAGAAUGUACCAGCGACAACAAGGGCGUCUAUAGGAACGAAGAGUCAUUUUGUUCCAACUAUGGCACCCGUUAAUGAAAUCAUUACGACAUAUCCACCCCCGAUUAGUACUACUUUCUCAUCCUCACCGUCCUUUUCUUCUCACUUCACUCCAAGACAACCUUCCGAAACUUCACCAACACCGAGGUCGAUUAUAAGUACUACACGAUCACCCGUUACGCAUAACAAAAAUCCUAUUUAUCAGGAUGAUAUUGAAAGAACUACGAUCCCUUCUAUUGAAUCGCACGUUAAUAAAAAUCAAGUUCACGAGAGUCUUACAACACUGUUAAGAAAGGAAGGACUCUUCGCUAUAGCCAAAUAUUUAAGACAAUCUGGAUUAGAUACUGUGUUGAAUGAAACUGGUCCAUAUACGAUAUUCGUGCCAACGGAUAAAGCAUUUAGAACAUUGUUGGUGCAACUUGGUGGACCAGAAAAGGCGGAACAAAAAUUCCGUGAUAAUCCAAGAUUAUUGAGCGGGCUCCUUCUUCAUCAUGUUAUACCUGGAGCAUUCAGGAUUGAUUCUUUGCAAGAUGAAAUGACUGGUGUAAGCCUUGCUGGAACUCAAUUGCGAGUAAAUGAAUAUGCAAUGCAUGAUCAUGAAUGGAAUGACGUAAAGGUAACUACUAUUAAUGGAGCCAAAGUGGCACCGAAUAAACGUGAUAUUGAGAUUCCUCAAGGUAUAGCUCAUGCGAUUGAUAGAGUUAUGUUUCCACUUCCCGUUGGUGAUUUGGUACAAACUUUACAAGCCGAUCGUGAAAGGAGAUUCACGACUUUCCUUAAAAUGUUAUAUACUUCUGGAUUAGACACUACGCUUGCAGGUCCCAAAACAUUUACGAUUUUCGCACCUACGGAUUCUGCCUUUACUUCAGCUGCUUCGAAAAAUGGAACGCCUAUUUGGACAGAAGAGGAUGGUCCAGUUGCUGCAAAAGCUGUAGUUUCAAGACAUAUCAUACCUACUACCUUAUAUACCGCUGGUAUGAGGUAUUAUCUUCAAAAAGAUACAUUGCGUGUUCAGUCACCAGUUCAUAUUCAUAAAAAUGGAGGACGAGUACGAGUAAACGAAGUAAAUGUAGUGACGCAUAACGUACCGGCUACAAAUGGAGUUUUACACGCCAUCGAUGGAGUCUUGUAAAUAUAUCUUCUCAUUGCAAUUGAAAGAUUUGGAAAUAUCGGUAAUAUUUAUGUUUUGUAUAUACAAAAAAAAACACGAGGAUUCAAAGUAAACCAUGGUAUGUAUAAAAUAGUUCACUAAUUCUCUUUAAAAGAAGUUAUUAAUGAACUUUUAUGAGUAUAAGUUUCUUUCAAUUUUAUUCUAUAAAGAAAGCAACUUUAAAGGAGAUUUAAAAACAUUUCUGACCAUUUCUUAACAUUGAUGUCUCGAGUGUAAAAAAUGUAAUCUAUUAUCAGGAGCAUUAUCUCUACAUGUGCGUACAAAAUGUAGCAUAUCAUCAGGGGCAUGCUAAACGAAAUUCAUCAGUUUCGCCUUAUAAAAAGUAUUGGAAUAAAAUGCUUUAUAUAUAACAGGCAAUAAAGGCAGCUACUAAUUUAAUAAAAAUAAAAGUAAUAAGAAAAUAUGCGAAACGA